AUGGAACAAGUUUUAAAACUGUUGGAGGAAUAUGAUCAGAAAAAUUUAGGGAGUUACUUUAAAGAUGGGCAUAUUGAUAAUAUUGAUCAUAUAAACUUAAAUGAUUUAAAAGAAUUCUUAGAAAAAUUAAACAAAAUAAAAUCCAAAGACGACGAAGUAAAGAACUAUAAGAUAAGCGCCCCCAAUAUUAUCGACCUGAAUAAUAGUAUAUAUGAACACCAAAACUUACAAAAUGGAACAAUAAUUAAAAAUAUAUAUAAAAAUGAUAAAAUAAAUAAUGAAUUAAAACAAAUAGGAUUAAAAUGUAUUAAAGAAAAUCAAGUAGCAGUUAUAUUUUUAGCAGGGGGGUUGGGAUCACGACUUCAUUUAAAAGAGCCAAAAGGAUUACUCCCAAUAACACCUAUACUUAAUAAAACAUUUUUUCAGUUUUAUUUUGAACAAAUUCGAUUUUUACAAGAUUAUUGUUUUUUAUUUUUUGAAAAUGAAAUAAAGUCAGAUAACAACGAUUUCCAUAAUAAUACAAAUUGCUACGAUGGGAAUACUAGUAAUGAUUAUAAAAAAUGUAAUGACAAUAAUAGAACAAAUAAUUGUCUUUCACAAAAAGAGAAUAACCCUAAUAAUAUAAGUGAUAAAAAUAAUGUAAAAUAUAAUUAUUUAGAAAAUGCAAAUGAAUCAGUUAAUAUAUAUAUUUAUAUUAUGACAUCUGAUUUUACUUAUGAUCAUACAAUUAAAUAUUUACAAGAUAAUAAUUUUUUUGGUAUAAACAGCAAUAAUGUUAAAAUUUUUAAGCAAUGCAAUAACUUUAUUACUGACUUAAAUUUUGAUAUUCUUAUGAAAAAUCAUAAUACUGUCCUAACAGCCCCAGGGGGAAAUGGCACAAUUUUUAAGACAUUGGAUAAUAAUAUGAUAAUUAAUGAUAUGAUAAGUAAAAAUAUUAAAUAUAUUCAAAUUGUAAGCAUUGAUAAUAUAUUAAAUAAAAUAGCAGAUCCCGUGCUAAUAGGAUUAUGCUCAUUCUAUAAUUGUGAUAUUGUUAAUAAAGCAGUUAUAAAAAAAGAAAAUGAGGGAGUUGGAAUUUUUUGUAUGAAAGAAAAAAUAAAUCAAAUGUAUGAUGAAAAUAAAAAUAUGAACACCUAUGAAAGUCCUGAUAAGGACAAUCCUUUUUGUGUGUGUGAAUAUACUGAACUAAAUGAUGAUAUCCUACAAAAUUCUGAAUUAUUUAAAUAUGGGAAUAUAUGCCAUCACAUAUUUUCCUUAGAUUUUUUACAACAUAUUGUUAAAAAUAAAAUUUAUAAUAAUAUGGAAUUACAUCAAAUAUUAAGAGAAAAAGAAUACUAUAAUUUUACAUCUAGUGUCCCAAAUAAUAAUAUACUUACCAAAUCAAAAGUAUAUUGUUAUGAAUAUUUUAUUUUUGAUAUUUUUAAAUACGCUAAGAAAAUAUUAGCAUAUGAAGUAUGUCGUGAUAAUGAAUUUAAUCCAAUAAAAAGUAAUAAUAAUGGUGAUAGUAUAUUAAAUGCUAAAAUAAGUUUAAGUAAUUUACAUAAAUCGUGGCUUAUAAAAAAAAAUUUUAAUAUUAUUCAAAGCACCCAAGUAAAUAAUAAUUUUUGUGAAAUAUCUCCUUUAAUAUCGUAUGAUGGAUUGUUCUUUUUUAAAUUACCAAAACAAAGAGAUAUACAAUUACCAUUUGUGCUUGAUAAAGACACUUUACAAGAAAAUUAA